GCAUCCUCAUCCUUCUUGACGGAUUUCAGUCCUCAUCAUCACAGUGUCCUGUCUUCGUCGUCGUCCUCAUGAUCGGCAUCACUGUGCUCGCCCAAAGCAUCGGUUGGGGUUUUCUGGUGGGUGAUUCCAGUUGAUCGGAAUGGCAAAUUGCGCACUAGAGCUGUACAAUGUGGGAGAGCGGAAGAUGCUAGCAACAUCAUUUUCAUCUCAAAAUUAAAGAAAGAGGAAGAUGGGAGAGAACUCAGCUGAAAACCAAUGGGUCAUCGACCUUGAAGAGCUCCAAAGUAUCAACUCUGAGACCGAGAUAGAGAAACGAAAGAAGCAUUGCAUCUACAGGGUGCCGAACAUCAUGAGAGAGCUCAACGACAAGGCCUACACACCCCAGCUCGUCUCUUUGGGGCCUUACCACCACGGCAAGGCCCACCUCAAGCCCAUGGAGCGCAACAAGCACGCGGCUCUCGCCCACUACCUUGAGCGGGCCAAUAAGACUCUCGACGAGGUGAGGGAGGCCCUGAGGCCUAAAAUUCAGGAGCUCAUGGACGCGUACGAUAGCCUGGAGGAGCCGUGGAGGGACGAGGACCGAUUUUUGGAUCUGAUGAUCCUUGAUGGAUGCUUCUUUAUUGAAAUGAUGGUGUGGGGCAAUGACGAGCUCUGGAGGCGGUACAUGAAUCGUGGCCUAUGGAUGGACAUGCGCAGGAUUGAAAAUCAGUUGCCGCUCCUGCUUCUUGUUAUCUUGAUUGAAAUUGGAGGUCACGAGGUUGAAGAUUCCAAGAGCUUUAUAAGAAAUUGUGACGAAGUCCCCGACACCGAACUGAAAACCAUUAGAGGAAAAGGCCUGCACUUGCUCGACAUUUCAAAAAGGAAAAUGACUACAGAAGGGAACUACAUCCACGACCGCGACUUAACUGUCCGCACCGCCACAGAGCUCUUCCAAGCGGGGGUGAGCUUCAAGUUAGCUGACAGCAUCUGUUACAGUGACAUCAGCUUCACAAACGGAGUCCUGAAGCUCCCUCAUCUAUACUGCCACAGUAACACCGAGAAUAUGUUUCUCAAUUACACUGCCUACGAGCAUAUACACAAAGGUACGGACAAUACAGUGAGUAACUAUGUCUUAUUUAUGGAUAAUAUUAUCGACACAGAUAAAGAUGUGGCGCUGCUCAGGAAGGCAAAUAUAAUGUCUUGUACGACUGGAAGUGAUAGCGAAAUUGCUUCCCUCUUCAAUCGUCUUACCCAGGGAUUGCCUCUCUUGGAUAAGAUCCAUGUUCACAGUGAGAAUGUGAAUAUGAAUAUCGAAAAUUACUGCAAUAGGAGGUGGCAUAAGUGGCGUGCAAUUUUCAUCCAGACUUACCUUAGCAAUCCUUGGGUUUUCAUCUCGUUUUUGGCAGCAUUUAACCUCUUGGUUCUGACCGUUAUCCAGACAACAUACACAAUCAUGCCUUUCUACAAAAACUCUUGAUCUUGUAAGAUUCUGGAUAUAUGUAUGUACAAGUUGUAACAUUUAUGAUCGCUUAACAAACAAUUAUGAUAUGUUUUGAAUUUAAAUGGGAAAUUAGUACCAUUCCUAAAUGAUA